AUAUCUAGCAAACUUUACCAUGGCGGCAACGGCAGCUAGUCCUGAUAUGAAGACCGAAACCACCCCUGAGUUAGGUCUUCCUUACUCUAGACAUUAUGCCCAGAAGAUUAGAGAUUUAGGACAAUCUUCAAAAGAUACAUGGAUAAACAAAUUAUUUAACCAUAUAUGGAAGCCAGGAGGUGGUGGUACGCCUGAAAAGGACAGAAAGGAUAAGGAAAAAGUUUUCUUGUCUCUUCCAUCGAAGAGUGCGCCUAUUCGACCUACAUCAGCAGUCUCGAAACUUAGUUUACCACCUGAGUUAGCCAACUCGCCUUAUUUGCAACAAAUAAGAGAUCAUCGUAUCGAAAUUAAAGCUGACAAACCAAAAAGAAAGAAUGAUCUUCCAGAAAAGACUAAAGUUAAAACAGUGGCGAAAAAAUUAGAGCUCUCUGCUCCUGUGAUUAAAAAGUCAAUGGUCGAUAGUCCGUUGGUCGACAGCAUAAAACACUCAAAGAAAAUGCCUAGUCUACCGACAGAAAUAGAAAGAAGAGCUAAAAGCAUGACAAAACGAGCUUUAAAGAAUCAAAAGAUCUUUUUUGUCGAAGGUCCUUAUCCAGUCGAUGUGUUCGUUAGGGCAAGUUUAAGAAAAAGGGGUUGGGUUGAAAAAUUUACAAGUCAGAGAAUGAUGCAACAAAUCAAUUACAAAUCCAAUAAUAAUUUAAAGUUAGGAUGCGAAACCGACGAAGAUUUUCUAAGCAUUCAAAAUCAGAAUUUGCCUCCUGCGUGGGAAGAAGAGAAUGGAGUAUAUGCUCUCGCUGCAAGAAUCAUUCGAUCCGUUCCGCCUCGAUUCGUUUGGGCGUGUAAAAGUCGAGUUUGUGAGAUGGUCGUUCGUCAUGAACAGCUCGUCAAUCAUUUUCAAAAAGGUCGCUACUUUUCCUCUAAAGUUGGCCUUACAAAUUCGCUUAAGGAUUUAGUAUGGAUCAAUAGCGUCGAUUCACAAUCAUUCUUCCCGCGAAGCUACAUAUUAAAUGACGACGACAAAGAGGAUUUAGUCGAUGAUUUUCGUAUUACGUCUUGUAUUUGUAUGCUCAAAUGCAUUUUAAGAUUUUACUGUCAAGAUAGGAGAAGUUCAGAAACUUCACUUCGAAGGGAAAACUCAAAGUAUGAAGAGGUCCGACACGUAGAUUUAGAACCUUUCUCUACUGAGGACACAAAGCUUAAAAUAAGUUCGCCAAGGGUAGAAUUAACAAAAAACCCUAUAAAGGAGACCGAUACGUCUAGUAUAUGUAAUGUUGAAGAAGAUGAGGUCAAAGAACCUGAUAGAGAGGUAGCAGCAAGCCCUGAAGAUCGUCAAAAGACUUUACCCAAUUUAUCUGAAACUAGGAAACCAAAGACUGGAGGUCAAAUUCCUCAGCAAGCUGUGGAGCUUGCCUUGCAAUAUCUUCAAAACUAUUGUAGAUCGAAGAAUCAUGACGACGUUGAACAAAAUUUAUCGAAUAAAAAUUUAACAAAAUCUCAAUGGAAUAAUCUAUUAGAUUGGUCUUAUAGAGUUCAAAUAGAAGGUGCCAUUGUGCCCGUAACAGAGUCAAUCUUAAAAGAAAUUGGAGAUGUGUUGAAGAAAUUCAAAAAAAUUUGGCCUCAAUUCGAAUUGGAUGGAUCGAAGAAUAUUUGGAUCAUUAAACCAGGAGACAAGAGUAAGGGUAUCGGUAUAGAAUUUACAUCAAAACUAUCAGAUAUGCUAAAAUAUGUAAAUAAUUCAACAACUUCCGGAACGUAUGUCGUUCAAAAGUAUGUAGAAACGCCACUUUUAAUUCAUGGUUGUAAAUUUGAUAUGCGUCAAUGGUUCUUAGUGACUGAUUGGAAUCCAUUAACUGUUUGGUUUUAUGCUGAUUCUUAUCUUCGAAUUUGUAGUCAACCUUAUGACAGCGAAAAUAUGCAUGAAUCAAUACACUUAUCAAAUGUAGCCGUUCAACAAUUCUAUGAAAAUUCUAGGGAUAGAUCUAAAAAUUUACCUGAAAAUAAUUUUAUGAGCUCCACUAGCUUUAAAGAGUAUUUAACACAUAUUGGACAUACGGAAGCUUGGGAUAAUAUAGUUUUUCCUGGAAUGAAGAAAGCAGUUAUAAACUGUUUAAUGGCGACCCAAGAUGUUCCGGAGAUGAGAAAAUCUGCAUUUGAACUCUACGGGGCUGAUUUUAUACUAGAUGAGGAUUUCAAACCGUGGCUUUUAGAAAUAAACUCUUCUCCUGGUAUGGCGCCUACUUGUUUAGAAAAAAUGAGAUUGUGCCAAUCAGUUAUUGACGAUACUAUCAAGGUUGUAAUUGAUAAGAGAGAAGAUAAGAAUUGCUCAACAGGUAAAUUUGAACUGGCGUUCAGAGACCAAUACGUUUGUCAGCCACGAUGUGUUGAUCCGAAAAUGAGUCUAGCAGGUCAAAAAAUUAGAAGGAUUGACCUUAGCCGUUACAUGGCAUUUGAUGCUUACUUUACAAAGAAAGAAAAACAAAAGGAAGAGCGUCAUAAGAAGAAAAAAGAUCAAUUGGAAACUACCGAUCAAAAACCAUCAGAAAAAAUAAUAGAAGAAAAGGAAGAGAAGGAAGAAAAAGUUACACCUUCGCCAAGAGAAGUAAAGGAAUCAAAUAGUUCAGAGGAAAGAGGCAGACGGGAGGAGAAAAUCUUGAAAUCAGUGCGAACUUCUAGUCCAUCAAAAUCUGUCCCACCAACCACGUUAAUGAGAGAGAAACAACUGGCUCAAAUCUAUGCAACCAGUCCAACUCGAAAACCUUAA